GGAAGGGAGAAUAUGACAAUCAGGAUAGUUAGCUUUGCCUAACAAGAGAAAAGCUAUCCCAACUACGAUCAGCUGGAUGUUCCACAAUAUGAAUCGUGAUAAAAAUAUUUCUUCAUUCAUCUUGACUCUAUCUUCAUUCAUCGAGAGCAACUGCUCGAAUUUAAUGCAUGAUGUGGAAUUUUCACCUACUGCAGUAGACUUGGCAGCGAUGAUUUUGACAGGUCUGAAGACAUUUUUUUGGAGCAUUUCUGAAUACAUAAUUUAUGCAGUAGACUUUUGGACGAUGACUUCGACAUUGUGCAAUUCAAUUGAGGAAUCUGUUUUGCCAAAACCCUUUUCUCCUCGACAUAAAUAAUGAAGUCGUUGAAAGUUUCAGCAAUCUGGUCUAUAUAAAUAAACCUCUCUGCAUUGCCUGUAACUUCCCACCCAAAGGAAUGAUGAAGUUUAUUGCUGUUCUUUGCAUGGCGUGCUGCUUCUUGUGUUUCCUAAGAGGAGCUAAUGGCUGCCAGUAUCCACAAAGUUGCGAGUAUCUCGACAUAAAUUACCCCUUCAACAUCCAGGGAUCGAAUUGUGGGCACCCCAAUUUCUCUCUUGUAUGCAAACAGAACUCCACAUUCGGACAGGGGAGAAUCCCAUUUCUUUCGACUCCUACAGGCGAAUACCAGGUCUUAAGUCUCUCAAACGACUCUCUGCUAAUCAAUAUGACUCAUCUCAAAGCCUUAAGUUGUAACGUCUCGCAGAUUGGAAAACAAUUCUUUUCACUUCCCAGACCAGGCCCUUUCACCAUAUCGGGCUCCAAUGUGUUUGCUUCAGUUGGUUGUUAUGCCAACGGCUCGUUCUUCUCUGAUGGCCCUGCCUCAAAUUCUGAAAAAGUCGGAGGAACCUGUGCGGCUUCGUGUAUGAACAUCACGGACCCUGACUACUGUAAUGGGUUCGGUUGCUGCCAAACUACCUUUAUGGAGAAUUGGAGAAAAGUAGAUCUUGAGGCGACGCUCUAUUCGAAGCCGCCAUUUAAUCAGUGUAUGUUCUCUACCAUACUCGAUCCGACGACCUUCAAGAUAGAGGAAUCUGAUAAAGGAAAAUUUGGGGCUGGUACUUAUGGUCUCAAGAUCGAUUGGGGUAUUAAUGUUACUGAACCUGAUAUUUGUUCCACUGCCAAACCAACGGGCAAUCUCACCUGCUCCAACCAUGCUCAUUGCAAAGAUGUUAUCGGCAUGCCCGACUUUAAGGUGUGUGUAUGUGAUGAUGGAUAUAAGGGUGAUGGUUAUCAGGGAGGCCUUCAGUGCACUGAUAUUGAUGAAUGUGCUGAUUCGAGAUUGAAUGACUGCAUUCCACCACCGGUGGGAAUAUGUCUGAACUUGGAGGGUAGUUUCACCUGCUCCUGCUCGAAAGGAGAAGGCGACGGUAGAAAGAGUUGCACAGAGAAGACCAGCAUAGUCACCCCUCUGAUUAUAGGAAUCUUUUCAUCGCUGGUGGGAGGAUAUAUGAUUGCAGGGGCCAUAGUUUGGGCAGUGAAGAAAAGGAAACAAAAGCUUCUGAGAAGAAAGUACUUUCUGCAAAACAGAGGCCUUCUGCUGCAGGAAUACAUCUCUUCAGACAGAGGGCGGAGGAAAGCCACUAUGUUCUCAGAAGCAGAGCUCAUAAAGGCAACCAAUAAUUUCUCCGAAGACCUUAAAGUCGGAGUUGGAGGUUUUGGAUAUGUUUACCGGGGCAAACUAGCAGAAGGCAGAAUGGUGGCCAUAAAAAUGUGCAAAGAAGUUGACGAGGAACAAAUCGAUCAAUUCAUCAAUGAAGUCAUAAUUCUGUCUCAGAUUGAUCACAGAAACGUUAUAAAACUUCUGGGCUGCUGCUUGGAAACUCGAAUCCCUUUACUGGUCUAUGAAUAUGUCUCCAAUGGCACACUAUCUGAUCAUAUUCAUGCAAAGGAUGGGGUGGAAUGCUUGACAUGGAAUACGAGGUUACAGAUCACAAUAGACACUGCAGAAGCACUGGCUUAUCUGCAUUCUUCUACAUCAGUUCCAAUUGUGCAUAGAGAUAUUAAGUCUGCAAACAUUUUACUUGACUCCACAUAUUCUGUCAAGCUAUCAGACUUCGGAUUGUCCCGUCUAAUGCCAAUGGACAAUACCCAUCUGACUACCGGAGUGAAGGGGACAUUUGGGUAUUUGGAUCCACACUACUUCAUGACUGUUCAGCUCACACACAAAUCAGACGUCUACAGCUUUGGAGUCGUAAUGGUGGAGCUCUUAACCAGCAUGAAGCCUCUGUCUGUAAACAGAGCAAAAGAGCAACGCAACUUGACAGCCUUGUUCUUGUCUAAAAAAGGCCAGGGCCUUCUUCAUGAAAUAUUCGAUCCUCGCUUAAUGGGAAUGGAUCACAUUGAAUCCAUGACAAGUGUGGCUAAUUUAGCAGAAGCUUGUCUAAAUGUGGAUGUGCAGAGGCGACCUUCCAUGAAGGAUGUUGUUCAAGAGCUCCUGUGGAUUAAGAAUGGGAAGAUGAGAGGAGGAGAAGGGUAUACUUGGCAAAGCCAUAAGGAUAUUAAUGAGGAAGAGACGUCUGUCCUUAUAGACUUGCAGGAGAGGAGCCACCAAAUUAAAUCAGUGAAAUUUGAUGAAAGUAGCAAUGUGAUUUAUUCUUCUUCUGGAUCCGAUGUUUUUUCCUCCUUCCAGAUAGAAAAUAUAAAUUCUGAAGUGGGCAGUGAAGAUAAUAAACUAUAGUGUACAGUAGAAUCACUCUCAGAUAUGACCAGAUAUCGCCAUAAAAUGAGGCCUGAAAAUACAGAGUAGUAUAUCCAGUUAGAAUUGCAUUAAUAUGUGGGCUAAUGGAAUCCAAUGUGACACCAGCAUGGGAAGUACAAGGUGGAUACCUCUGCAGAAUAAACUUCUGCUUACUAUUAGAUGCACAAAUAAUCAUUUUAUUUAUGAACUUACUUGACCUCUUCGGUUGUAAAGAAACUUCUCAUAAGCAACGAGUAUAAAUGAACAUUGUUGUACGUGUUUGGGAACUUAA